GCGCAUGCACAGGAAGUGAGUGCUGUGGUAUUUCCAUGGUUACACAGUGUUGGUAGUAACUGUGAGAGUUCAGUCAGUCAUGGAGGAGCAGAGAGUUCAGACCUGCGACUUUUACAGGACGGAUCCAGACCUGCCGCACCGAUUCAACAACCCAGACUGUUUCCAUGGUUACGAGCAGGUGAAAAGUCACCCGUUAUAUCGAACAUCAAACCAAACAUACGGCAGCAAGAAGCCGACUGUUCAUGAAAUACAGACUUGCUUUACAGCGACAUCCCGUCAGUUUUCGGAGGUAAUGCUGCACAGUGGGAUGUUUCGCCAUCAUGGUUUUAACACGUCUGUAGACAGGAGCAGAGUGAUGGUUUCCACGGAAACCCAGCACAGGAGAGCCAACUUCCAUUACUUGUAUCACUAUGGAAACCAGAGGAGCAAGAAUGAUGGAAGCAGCAAGUAAAUAAUCUUCUGACCUGAUGAAACAAAUGUCAAUCAAAUCUGAUCAGUUAUUGAUUAUCCAUGGUAUGAAGCACAGACACAGAAAACUGAAAUGAUCAAUAAAAAAAGAGCUUUCCAAUCA